ACUUGGUUAAAUAAUAAAUUCUACAAAAACAAAUCGUUGCCUACAUCCCGUAAUAACUAUUAUUCACAAUUUUAUAUUUCCUGUUACUAGACCAUUUCUCAUCAAAUUAAUUUUAAAGGAUUAUAAACGAUUGAUAUUUUAUAUUAAUCAUCAUAGAGGUGUGAACUGCGUUGUGGUAUUAAAACUUAAUUUCAAAUCGUCUGUAUAAAAUAUCAUCAUGAGCGACUGGAAUACAGUGACAAUAUUGAGAAAAAGGCCACCAAAGCCUUCAACCAUGAAAUCUGAACAGGCCAUCAACAAAGCUAGACGUGAGGGUGCAGUAAUUGAUACUCAAGUCAAAUGGGGUGCAGCUACUAAUAAACAUCAAGUUACAACAAAAAAUACUGCAAAAUUGGAUCGGGAAACUGAGGAAUUGAAACAUGAAAAAGUGCCAAUUGAUUUAGGCCGUCUUAUACAACAAGGGCGACAAGCUAAAGGUUAUAAUCAAAAAGAACUGGCUACUAAAGUUAAUGAGAAACCACAAGUAAUUCAAGAUUAUGAAGCUGGACGUGGAAUACCUAAUCAAUUAGUUAUUGGAAAAAUUGAAAAAGUGCUUUGA